AUGUCUACAAUUACUAUUAACGCUCCUUCGCUGGGUGCCGAGCUUAUCGGUGAACUCGACAAUGACACUAAUAUCUCUCUUUUCCGCGGAAUUCCGUACGCAAAUGUCUCCAAGCGCUGGACUCACAGUGUAAUUAAGCACACAUUGGAGGGCACAUUCAACGCAACACAAUUCGGUCCUCGCUGUAAUCAGGGAAAUGGCAUGGUCCUAGUUACAGGAGGAACAAACGAUCCCACUCCAGGUGACGAUGAAUUCAACUGUCUGAAUCUCAACGUCGCCGUCCCCAAUGAGGCUCUCGGAAAAGCCGAGCCUCUACCUGUCAUGGUAUGGAUUCAUGGAGGAGGCUUUGCAUAUGGCGCCAACUCCGUCGCUCGCUAUCGUCCUCAGAGUUUCAUGGUUCACGCCCGGAACUCCAACACCCCCAUCAUCCUGGUCCAGAUGAACUACCGUCUUGGCGCUCUCGGCUUUUCCGCCUCGACUGACCUGGCCGCAGAAGUCGACGGCAGCAACGAGUUGGUCGGAAACUACGGCAUUGUUGACCAGCGGAAUGCACUGGAGUGGGUGAACCAGCAUAUCGCCGACUUCGGUGGAGACCCUAAGAACAUUACAGUCUUCGGCGUGAGUGCCGGUAGUGCUAGUAUCCAUGCUCAUCUGCUGGCCGGUCAUGAGUUGUUCGAUCGUGCUAUCAUGAUGUCCGGUUCCGCACCCACCCUGUUCCCGGUUCGCAUGGAUCUUUUCGAGGAGCAGUGGAAGGGUCUGUGUAGCCGGGCGGGUGCUGCCGGGUCCACACCCAGUGCCCGGUUGGAGCACCUUCGCAGUUUGGAAGUCAAUGAUAUCCUCAAGCAUGCUGGUAAGGCCGUGAUGGGACCUGCCGGCGAUGGUAAACUUAUCCCGAAGACCUGGACAUUCGACGAUGGUGUUUCCAAUGCUCGAUGCAAGUCUAUUAUCCUCGGCGAUACCAACGUCGAGGCUCUUAUUUUCGACGGUCUGCUAGGGAGGGUGAGCCAAGAGAAGCUUCAUCAGUCAAUCUCACGGGCAUUCUCUGACAAGGCUGGCGAAUUCUGUCACCACUUUGGUUUCUCAGAGGGCCAGUCUUUCGAGGAAUUCCGUGAUGCUUUCCGCCUCUUGAUCGGAAAUGUUCUGUUUCAGUAUCCCAAUGUCGGUAUUGCUGAGGCGUCUCGCAAAUCAGACUCGUGGAAGAAUAACGUUUACAUGUACCACUGGGAAGAGCCGUCGCCUUUCGAGGGUCCCACCCAAGGAAUGUCUUACCAUGGUCUCUGUGCCCUUCUCUUGCAUCUGAAUGAGCUGGACGCUUGCCCUCCGGCUACCCGCGAUGUCUCAUUGGAGGCUGCCCGUGUUUGGGCGGCCUUUGCUCAUGGCCAGCAGCCGUGGGAGGCGUACUCGACAGGUGGUCGCUUUAUGCGCUUCGGACCUGAGGGAAAGACCGGCCUUACUACCUUUGCAGAGGAUCACACACGAGUGUACGGUUUCCUCGAGUGGUUGCGGGAGAACUUUGAAGAUGUGAAGCGCUUUGUCCGCGAGGAUGUGAUGUAUAAUUUGGAAGACUCGCUCUAA